GGUCCUUAGGGUGCAUUAUUAUGCAGAGAUGAGAUUCAGUCCCGCACAUGUAAACCCAAAUCGCGAGCGGUUUUGAGUGAGAGGGCGAUUUUAUUUUAUCUUAUUUUAUUUUAUUCAGGUUGCAGAUUAAACCUACAUUAUUGACAAUAAUCGUAAAUGUAAGUUACGGUUGCGAGACGCGACUCCUGAGUAAUGUUUUUAAUGUCAAUGCUAAGCUAAGCUAAGCGCAGGAGCGAUGCACCGCGGGCCGAACCCGGAUUAUGAUCCCCGGGACCCUGCGUCUCCUCCCCGCUAUGGACCUCCAGGCGCCCUCGGGUCCGGUUCCGCUUUCCCAGGCCCGUUUAACAGGCCCGCUUUCCCUCCGCGGUUCCCGAACCCUGUGUCUUACCCCACAUCGGUUCCUCCUCCGGGCUUUCAGAGCUUCAGCACCGAGCCGCCCUACCAGGCAGCGGCUCCUCCAACACAGUUUCCUGCAGGAUGGACACUUAAGGAUGAGCUGCAGAAUCUGGAGGUGAAGAAGAAAGCUGAGGAAUUCCUGCGCAUCCUGGAAGCUAAAGAUCGUCUCAAACUAUCCAGCGAAUCGGGAGACAGAGGCACGAGACGCUCAAGCGCAGAUGGCGAGAGACACCGCUUAGAGAGGCAUAAGAGAGGGCGGAGCCAGAGCAGGAGCCGGAGUCGGGGGAGGAGCCGAGCUCGCAGCCGAGGAAGGAGCAGGAGUCGGGGGAAAAGUCGCACCAGAGCGAAGAGCCGGCCGAGGAGUCGCAGCCGGGGGCGGAGCUUAACGAGGAGUAAGAGCCAGCCUCGGCUCCAUAAAGACUCUCAGCGCGGCGUUAAAGACGUGGCGUCUCCGUCUGUUAGUGGCAGGGUACCGGACCUCUUCCAGAACCUGAAACAGGUUCUACAGAGCAAAGAGCUGGAGAAACACCUCAGUGUGGUGAAGAACACUUUCAUGAUCAACCAGAUCCAGGAGGACUUGAGAGUAAAGCACGAAACUCAGCCUGCACCUUCACAGAACCUUCCAGAAUUUCCCAUGAAGUCCUGUGAACCCGAACAAGCGUCAGACUACAACCCGAACUCCGUACUUCCUCACGAGCGAGUGUGCAGAAGCGACAGCGCGUUACCGCGGAUCUUAUCCUGGAAUGAUCCGGGACAAAAGCUGGAAGUGUUCCUGAAUAAAUGCGUCUUCUCCAGCAUCGAGGAUGAGGAGGAGUUUCUCUACGGAGACGAAGACGGGAAGAAGAAACCCCAAGCCGUCACCGUCCCCCUCGCCCAAACCAGACCUCCUGAAAAUCCGAUCUCUUCUCCCCAUCUCUCCAAACCACCCGUCCUCCAGGAGCCCAAAGGCCAGGCCAUGACCUCCAGACAACCCCUGACCCCGGACGUGUCGAUGGAGGAGUGCGAGAAGGUGAAGAACCUGCUGAAGACCAUCGGGCUCAACCUGAGCCAGGCGGACAUCAGCAAGAUGGCCACCAGACUGAAGCAGAAGGAGCAGCGAGGAGUGAGCUCGAACCCGGCCCUCAGAGCGACGCCGGACACGCCGCUGAACUGCGGUAAAGUGCAGAAGUCUGAUGACGGUCGGAGUAACCGAUCUGAAAGCAGCCACUCGCACAGAGACGCCGAGCACAGAGACAAGCAGAGCGACGAGCGGGAGAAGGAGCGCAGAGAGAAACAGAUCCAGAAGAAGAGGAAGGAGUACCUGGUGAAGGAGCUGGAGGGACUGCUCAAGCACGAAGGUUCAGGGGAUUUGAUCCCUGUGAUCGGUUUCUUCUGUCAGCGCUGUGAGGAGUUUUUCGGGGACCUGAGCAGCGCCGAGGGACACAAACACGCCAGCACGCAGCAGGAUCAGCAGCUUAAAGACAAUAAGAGGCAGCGAGAACACAAACCCGCGGAGCGCCGAGACCAAGACGAGCGAAAGGCUGAGCGGAAAAGACCGAGAGAAGACACAAGCUGUCGCAGGACUGAGGACAAGUCCAGGGUCCAGGAGAAGAAAGACAGGAAAGAGGACAACAGCCAGUCGAGUAAAAACACCAAGAAGAAAAAGAAAAAAGAGAAGAUGAAGAAGAAGAAGAAAGUGAAGAAGGAAAAGGCCAAAGCUGAGAAGAAUUAGUGUGCGAGUCUCCUGAGUGCUGUACGACUCCGUUAGAGCUGGGCGAUAUCACCAACACAUCGAAUCGCGAUACAUGACAUCGUCAUAUUGACAUCACAGCAUGGUACAAAACCCACGACUGUUUAGAAAAAAGAAACCACAGUUUCUCGUUACUGUAAAGUGACUAAUGUGACGCGUGACACCACCGACUCGUCUGUAUUAGAACGGUUUCUCACAGUAUUGAUAUCGUACCAGCACAUCGCCCCCUGCUGGCCGCUGUGUUUAAACAGGAACAUUAACAUGUUUCAGAGGAACCGCUGGUGCUGCUUCAACACAAUGAGAGUGAAAGGAAAAGUUCAGCCAGAAAUUAAUUCCAGCUACGAGGAGAAUUUUGCUAACAGGUGAUGGAAUCUCACCACUGCCGGUUUAGCAAAAAAAAGGGUAUUGUUUAUUUUUGGCUGAAACUUUCCUUACAUCAUUUUUUUAAAAUAACUUUUGUUCGUAUUUGUACAUUCAGCUUUCUUUUCCAAAAUAAAACACUUUUUCAUGUUACACAAAA